AUGUCUUCGUACCGCCAUCCGUUCGACAUCCGAGCACCUUCGUCCGCGUACUCCACCCAGCCUCUGACCGCAGACGAUGCGAAGCUCCGGCCUCCUCCUGCUGAGCAAACGGGCAGAGGUUUGCUGAGGCGCUUCUCCUCUGACGAUUCGACGAGGAAGCGCAUCGUGCCUAGGAGAUCCCUAUACGCGAAUCUCGAUGAGGAAGACGGACGUCUCUUAGACCCAGACGACCCUGAGCUCACGGGCAUUCGCAAGCGGCAUAUCUUCGAUAUUCACCAUGAAGAGAAGGAGAGGAUCCGCCUUAUGGACUAUAGAGAGCGUCGCAAGUAUGCGCGAAAGGCCAAGAUCCUGUUCAAUCCUGAUACCCAUGGUAAUCGCAUGGACUUCGUCGUAAUGCUCGCAGAAGCGCUCUCCAAGUUCGGGGCACCCUCGCAUCGUAUCGAGGGGCAGCUGGCAGCGGCGUGCAAGAUACUCGGGCUCAGAUGCACCUUCGUGCACCUGCCCACCGUCAUCAUUUGCGAGUUCGGUGAUCACACGGGCCCACUGACCGAUAACCGUCGGUGCCACGUCGUUGACCGCCGGGGCCAGCUCUCCCUCGGGGCUCUCCACGAGGUGCAUCAGACCUACCGGCAGGUCGUCCACGACGAGAUCAGCGCCAAAACCGGUCUCAUCCGCCUGCGGAGUCUCAUGGAGGCCAAGCCCAUAUACAAUGUCUACUGCCAGGGAACGUUCGCUGUCUUGCUGGCCAUCGUGAUUUGCCCUCUUGCUUUUGGCGGCUCGCUCCUUGACAUGUGGGUCGCCGGCGGAGGCGCGUUGUUGCUCUUCCUCGUCCAAAGUACGGUGGCGACUAAGUGUGGAACGUUUUAUUCGAACGUUUGGAACAUCCUAGUUACCUGCGUCAUCUCCUUCGUCGCUCGGGCACUGGGCAACAUCAGAGAUGAAAUGUUCUGUUGGACUUCCAUAUCCUCCGCAGGUAUCGUCGGUAUUCUGCCGGGUUUCCUGAUCUUGUCCAGUGCGUUGGAGCUUGGUACCAAGAACAUUGUUACCGGCAGCAUGCAUAUGAUCUACGCGCUCAUCUGCACCCUGUUCUUGGGCUUCGGUCUUCAAUUCGGUUCUGACUUCUACCUGUUCCUCGUCCCGAAUUCCCAUAUCAAGACGGCACAAUCCAUCUCUCAGAUGGCGAGCACAACCACGUACACAGGCACCUACGCCAUGGAUGGCUCCUUGCCGAACGAUCGUACACUUACUGGUUCGUUCACGUUUACGAACUCGUCGACACUCACUCUGGGCGACCUCGUCAACGGGUGCUACCGUCCAGCGUCUUUCCCAUGGUACCAGCAGCCGUUCCCUUGGCAAACGGAAUUCAUCCUCGUACCUGCGUUUGCAAUCCUGCUCGCCCUUGCGAACAUGCAGCCGUACUGGACGUGGGACUUUCCGGUCAUGAUCGUAAUUGCAAUCUGCUCUUACAUCUCGAACAAGGUCGCCAGCCAUCUCAUCUUCGGCCAUUCCGAUAUCGUCGCGUCCGUGGGGGCCUUCGCCGUUGGAAUGUUGGGGAACAUUUAUUCCCGUAUCUUCGGAGGCACGGCAUUCACGGUCAUGGUUCCUGGUGUUCUGUUCCUCGUACCGUCCGGUCUGUCCGAAGCAGGUGGUAUCGAUGCUGAGGGGCACGGUAUUGCACUCGGCUAUGCGAUGCUUCAGGUCACUGUUGGUAUUUCGGUUGGAUUGUUUAUGAGCUGCGCCAUUGUGUACCUAUUCGGAAAGCGCAAGAGCGGCGCUGUGUUCACGUUCUAG